CCAGACCGUCGUCGAAAAAAUAAAUUAAAUUUUUAAUGAAAAUAUGGCCGAACUAACUUUGACUCUUUCACAACAUACUAAAGAUGUAAACUGUUGUGCAUUUUCUCCCAACAGCCGGAUCUUGGUAUCAGGAUCUAGCGAUAAGACUGUGAGAUUAUGGGACAUUUGUACAGAAGGUAAAGAGUUAGACGAUUCACCGCUGCAAGGACAUAGUUAUCACGUUUGUGCUUGUGCAUUCUCUCCUUUUGGCACUCUCUUAGCCACUGCUUCGACUGACUGCACAGUAUGGUUGUGGGAUACGAAGACAUAUCAGAAAAUCACAACAUUUGAAGGACAUCGUGGCGCUGUAAGGGCAUGUGUGUUUUCUCCAGAUUCCUUGCUCCUCGCUUCGGGCUCUGCUGAUGAAACUAUUUGUUUAUGGAGUACAAAAACCAAGAACCUUGUUCGACGUAUCGAAGGCUUUGAAAGCAAUGUUAUGGCGUGUUGUUUCACACCAGAUAAUUUGUAUAUUCUUGCUGGGGUCAGUAAUGCUGAAAUAAGUUUAUGGGAUAUACAAAGUGGUAUCUGUAAAGCUUUCAAUAAAGAAGCCAAUGAUAUGGGUGUGAAUACGUGUUGUUUCUCUCCAACAUUUGGUUCUGCAGUUCCGUGCAACACAGAUACCAGUGGUAGUUCGCCACACUUCUUACUUGUUACUGGUGGAGGAGAUAAUUUGGUUAAACUAUGGAACAUCUUCACUGCCUCAGCAUAUUCAGAUAAAUGCCAUAUUGGAUACAGGUCAACUUUGGCUGCACAUGAAGCUCCAGUUUGGCAAUGUAAUUUCUCUAGCAAUGGCAAACUGCUGGCCUCAUGCUCAGGGGAUAAGACUGUUAUAAUUUGGGAUCCAAUUAAAGGGACAGCAUUACAUAGACUUUUUGCACAUUCAAGAUAUGUGACAUGCUGUGCCUUCUCGCCAGAUGGUAAAUAUUUAGCCAGUGGUUCAAAUGAUAGAACUGUCAAAGUCUGGACUCUUAAACUAUCAAAUACUUCAACUGGGCUUAUUGAUGGUGGAAACAUGUUACAGAAUCCAACUGCGAAGAAUGAUAUUCUUUUACCACAAUCUUCAGAACAAAAGGUUGCUUUGAAAAAAAUGACGUCAUGGACAUUGGAUGAAGUGUGUAACUGGCUGAGUAAUCUUAAUCUUGACCAAUAUUGUCAAAGCUUUCGUGAAAAUGCAAUUGAUGGAACAGAAUUGUUUAAUAUAAAUGCGGAGGUUUUAGCGAAUGACUUGUGUAUUGGACCUGUUGGCCAUCGGAACAAAAUUUUGAGAAGUGUAAAAGAAGUUAAAAAGAAAGAAAUUGAAGAUAGUAUUCCAGAUGAAUUUUUGUGUCCAAUAACUAGAGAGUUGAUGACUGACCCAGUUAUUGCUGCAGACGGUCAUUCUUACGAACGUGAAGCUAUUCAGUCAUGGAUGUUAUCAGGAAAGUUAACGAGUCCUAUGACAAACACGCCAAUGAAACAUUCCAACCUUAUUCCAAACACUACUCUUAAGAGUGUUAUUUCUAGAUAUUUUAGUACAGGAAACGUUAUAACAUGAGAGCUGUAUUGCAGUUAAACUAAUUAUUACCGUUAUGGUAACUUAGAAUUUUGGUAACUCGUUUAUAGAGACAUACAGGUCCGGUAAAUACCACAAAGUUUUUAAAAAAACUUAUCAACCUAUUUCUUAUUGAUCAAAUCAACAUAAUUGUUAUUGAUGAGCAUAUUUUCUAUGUAUCCCAAUAUUUCUACGCUCAAAGACUCAACAAAUUUUCUAUGUAGCCCAACAUUUUUACCAUUUCUAUUUCAAAACCGCGAGAAGGAGAAUCUCAGAAUCUGUUCCUUUAAAGGGUUUCUCUUCGUGAUUGGGACGUUGAGCUCCAAAAACUGAUGUCCAAAACUUUGUAGUUCGGAAGGGUGUAUUGGGAUUAACU